AUGAAUAACAACGACUCCGGACGAAGCGCGAUGAUGAAAGCUGUUCUGCUCUAUCUCCUCAGGCCCAUGGCUGCUCUCGCGGCCACCACCACAAAUCUCACCACAACAGGUUGCGUCGAUGCCUCGGGCCUCCAAAAGUGCCUUGAUGACGUUGCCUUCACAGGGAAGACAUGUCUGGAUAAUGCGCGCAAGGCUGGCAGCCAGGCCGAGACGAUCGCGCGCGGGUGCGUGUACUACACCGACAACAUCAACUGCUACUCCGCCAGCUGCUGGAACCGCGUCUACGAAUGCGAGUACAAGAAAUAUGUUUAUGAGUAUCUGAAGAACUGCGAGACCGCCAAGCUUCCCCUUCCCUACUUUCCUGUGCCAGAUAAUGCACAGGAUGCGUGCUCCUGCAACCUUGGGAAGGUGUACCAGACGUUCCUCAACAGUCUCAAUGAGGGUACCUCAUGCAUCAAAGGAUCAUCAUCUUUCGGGGCAAGGGAUGCGCUUGAAUCAAUCAAUAAAAUCGUCGCUUGCGAAUGCUGCGCUAUAAGCGGAGCACUUUCCGGCAUAUACGAGACAUGUCCCGAUACCGACCCCGAUCUCGUUGGCCUAUCAUAUGUUUCUCAACUCGAAACUCUCUACAACCAGCCAUUCUCCGCUUGUGGCACCUACAUGUCCUCGUACGACUGUCAGAAGGAUCUCGGCUUCACUGCCGCCAGUAGUUACAUCUCGCCCGGUAGUGCCCUUACCACCGGCAAGGGGAGCCUCUUAGAUGGAUCUGGUAGCGUGACUAGCCCGGGAAGUGGUUCCGUUUUCUCAUACACCAACCUGGCUGACAGCGUGGUCUACACCAUCAGCACGGCGAGCGCGAGCGGGAAUCAUAAUAGCGGAGGAAGUAGAAGCUCGAGUGGCUCGGCCCAGGCCAGCGCGACUGGUUGCAAGAGCAGUGAUGAGAAGGGGGUAGCUGCGAUAGGCAUCAGUGGAGAGCAGGCAAAAGCGCCAUGCUGGUGGUUCUUACAUUUCUUGUGGCUAUUCUAUAGGAGAUUAAAGGGCUUCAUAUUAGUAUUCGGCAUCAGUCAUAUAUUUGCAAAGAGAAAUGUAUCAGGAGGUCCGUCUACCUUUUGA